GGAUCUGUGUAUAUUGGGGCACACUCAUUUGGUCAAUAUUUCUUUUAGCUCGUUAUUUAGACACUAAACAGAUAAACUAGAAAUAGGGUGUGCGUUCAUGUGAUUUCAGUCUCUGGUAAUCCACAAAUUUGAGGCUCAGCAGAUACCUAUCUAUUAGAUAGGUAACGCUCAUUUGACUGAACCCUGUCCACCGGAGAGCUCCGAGUUGGCUGGAAGCUUCCACAAGCCGGAAGAACACAACCACCGAGGAGGGGAUGGAGAUAGACUGCCAGCCCGAGGAAUCCAUCGUCUCUUCAUUUGAUGAGGACUGCGUUGUGCUUGGUGACGUCAAGGACAUGAUGUUGGAGGCAGAAGCAGUGGUCAAUGACGUACUUUUUGCCGUUGCUGAAAUGCAUGUGUCACAAAGUCUCAACAGCGUGUCCGAUGUGGCCUACAUAAACGUGGAAACAAGAGAGGGAAACCGGUAUUGUCUGGAGCUCACAGAGGCAGGACUAAGGGUGGUGGGCUACGCCUUCGAUCAAGUGGAUGAGGAUUUGAACACCCAGUAUCAUGAGACUGUUUACUCUCUUCUGGACAAGCUAAGUCCAGGUUACAGAGAAGCCUUUGGGAAUGCUUUGCUCCAACGUCUGGAGAGGCUAAAGCAAAACGGACAAUAAGAAUGACCAAGAUGCUGCAUAAGUUGACAAGUGGAAUAGAGGUUGAUGAUGUUGGUGUAUUUGGCUAUAUGCCAAUAAGAACCAAGUCUGGUCAAAUAUUAUAGCCCCUUAUGUGACAUCCACCUGCCUAGCUACCACUACAAUAAGGGGUACCCUGCCCUAUCGACUGCUUUAUCAUUGAAUUACUUCAUGUUAGUUACUCAACUUUAGUGACUGCUAGGGAUUGGCUGGAUGAGGGCUGUUGCAACACUGUGUUGUUGACUUUACUGGGGAAAGAUCUUCCAGCUUCCGUGUGAUACAAAAUUGUAACUGCGUACAUUGAAAAUUCUGCACCUUUUUGUACUCAUCAAAAUAAAUCGGAGAAAGAGGCAGCACGUUA